CACACACACGCACACACGCUCAGCAUCGAUCGUGGCUCCUUUAAGAAAGCCUAAGCCAGAAUUAUCACCCCACCUCCUCUUGAUCUCCUACAGACGCUUUUGCAUAAGAAAAUCAAGCCGGGAGCCGAGAGUGAUCAAAGAAAACGAGAGGAGAGCUGCUUCAUUUUUUAACUGUGAUUGUGACGAUUAACAUUUAGGUGGUGCCGAUCCCGUGGAGACGCGCGUCGGACCAUCAUUCAUCCUGUACUUUUGACAAGCCCUCGCGUUUUGACUGACAGGCGGAGUGGCAAAAAGCCAUGAGAGUCGCCAGUUUUGUUUGAGGGGCUAUUUUAUUUUCAUCCUGGUUUUGGAAAAGGAGCCUGGCGCCGCUGCCCCGAGGACAGCCGAGGACCUAUUCACCGCGCCUGGGCUAAACUUGCGCAGAAAGCGGGGGCUGGCUUCACCGUUCCGUGGAAAAAAGGCAUACGGGAUUUUGGCUGAAACGUCUUCCCAUUUAUUUGGAUUUUCUUUCUUCAUUACAUCUCCACCCUGGCCUCAGAGGGGAUUUAUCUAAACUGAAAGGACGACCAGGGAGUCAGGAGGGUUAUGGCGCAACGGUACGAAGACUUGCCCCACUACGGGAUGGACGGGGUGGGCAUUCCGACCACCAUGUACGGAGACCCGCACGGCGCUCGGUCCAUGCAGGCGGUGCACCUCAACCACGGACCCCAGCUGCACUCCCACCAGUACCCGCACACCGCCCACACCAACACCAUGCCUCCCAGCAUGGGCUCCUCCGUUAACGACGCUCUCAAGAGAGAUAAAGACGCUAUAUACGGGCACCCCCUGUUCCCCUUGCUUGCACUGAUUUUUGAGAAAUGUGAAUUAGCGACUUGCACCCCCAGAGAGCCCGGGGUGGCAGGAGGAGACGUCUGUUCAUCGGAAUCUUUCAAUGAAGACAUAGCUGUGUUUGCAAAACAGAUUCGGGCAGAAAAGCCUUUAUUUUCAUCGAAUCCAGAAUUGGAUAAUCUGAUGAUUCAAGCCAUUCAAGUUUUACGAUUUCAUCUUCUGGAGCUGGAGAAGGUACACGAGCUGUGUGAUAAUUUCUGUCACCGGUACAUCAGCUGCUUGAAAGGCAAGAUGCCCAUCGACUUGGUCAUAGACGACAGAGAGGGCGGGUCCAAAUCAGACAGCGAGGAAAUCACAAGAUCAUCUGUGGCCCUUGAUCAGACGUCCUGGAACAGAGAUCAUGAUGACACGGCGUCCACACGCUCUGGAGGAACACCAGGCCCGUCCAGCGGCGGACACACAUCACACAGCGGUGACAACAGCAGUGAACAGGGUGAUGGCCUGGACAACAGCGUGGCAUCACCGAGCACAGGGGAUGAUGAUGACCCGGAUAAAGAAAAGAAACGCAACAAGAAGAGAGGAAUCUUCCCUAAGGUGGCCACCAACAUUAUGAGAGCAUGGCUCUUCCAGCACCUAACACAUCCCUACCCGUCAGAAGAACAGAAGAAACAGCUGGCGCAAGACACAGGCCUCACCAUCUUACAAGUGAACAACUGGUUCAUUAAUGCCAGGAGGAGAAUAGUCCAGCCCAUGAUCGACCAGUCAAACCGUGCAGUAAGUCAAGGAGCUCCCUAUAAUCCAGAUGGCCAGCCGAUGGGGGGCUUCGUCAUGGACGGCCAGCAGCACAUGGGAAUCAGACCACCUGGACCAAUGGGUGGAAUGGGCAUGAACAUGGGCAUGGAAGGUCAGUGGCACUACAUGUAGCCCCACCCCAAUCCGACCAAUCGCAACACAAAGGGGGAUAACUGCAGGGCAAACCAGGGGAUCACCUGUCUCACAGAGGCCUAGGGAGCAUGGGAACUAGACUCCUUGACUUCCUGAUGACAACAACCAACAGCAACCCCUGUCCACCUCCGAGACCCAACAACUUUUUAUCUGGCUGAUAUCUGCAACAUGGAAGCCUUCUGUGACUGCCUACAAUACUUGUCUAUGUAUCCAGCGACCCCUGCUUCUUCUCUGGUGGGCACUAGACUUUGCCCCCCUUGCCACUGCCCACUAGGUUCACAUGGAUUCCUCCAUUAAAAGUGAUUGCGAUUGCGAGCAUAGAUGACACACAAGAGACACACGGUGUCCUUUGCCUGUACCUUCGGCGAAUGCAGCACCUGGUGAUAUAUUCUAGACUCUUUGGCAAAAAAAGAGACUUCCUGUGAAGAGCACUACACUCUUUGGGACGAUGGAAUUGGACCACGGAGAAGCCAAUGUCUGUAUCUGACAGGACACUAACAAAGCAAAGGAGGUGCCCUUUAAAAAAAUUUAGUGGAUUGAAACAUGAAAGGAGGGAAAGCAAGAGAAAAGAAAUUAAAAGUAUAACUAUAUCAACCCCUAGUUUGGGAAGUGAGUGGAGAAAGAAAAUAUACUGUAUACUGUUGUAAAAUUACGCUGGACUCUCACAAGAACUGGGAAUUUAAGUAUUGUAAAUGCUAUUGUAUUGUUCUGCAUAUUAUGUUGUUUCUAAUAGAUUUUUUAAAAAAGGAUGUGAACUUUUUUCUCUUUUUUCCCCUGAUUUCUUUCCACACUAUGUGUGUGCCAUCUCUCCAUCAAAUUUGACCUCCUUGCCCCCUCCCUCCAUUGAAUCACAAUGCAUUUUUAAAAGACAAAAAAGUGAAUAAACAGAUAAUUCGAUCAGUCUCUCAUUUCUCACAGGCUUUUAUUUGGAUGGUAAGAAAGAGUGUGAUGGCGAUUCAGAUGCGUUUUUUAUUUUACACACAGACCAUCCACGUACAUGCAGGGUGCAACUAACUUGUUUUACUGUUGCUGUGUUUACACCUUGUAACUCCAAUUUUGGUCAUUUUUGAAAGACAUUUUCAUAUCAUUUGAUUAUAUGUUCCUCUACUGGUGGAAUGUUUUUACUGGGGUCAUGAAACUCUCUUAUAAUUCAUUCGAUUACCUCCAAACACAAUGACAUCAAUCUAAAUGCAGUUUCUGAGAAGCUAACAUUUUGGAUGUACAAGGUUUUUAAUCCAGCUGCCAUUGUCCAAUUUUUCAUUUUAUUCCAUUCUAUACUCUGUUUACAUGAGGACAGACACAUAUUGUAGGUGUCAACAUGGAUAACAUCAUGACAGGCUAACAAACAUCAUACAGAGCUUCAGGUAAUGCUCACAAACAAUCUAAAAAAAUCACUGUGGAUGGGAAACUACAAGUGUGUGUCCCACAAACAUGUUGUUUCCUGUUUUUCUCCAUGUGUGUCUGUGAUUGAGGGCCUCUGAAAGUCUAUUCCAGUGUCCUAUUGAUGUGUUUUAUGUCACAAGGCCGAGCACUCGCAUGGCCAAUGGAUUUUCGUCCCCUGCAGUGUUUCAUGCCUGAUAACAGGGAGAGGCAGAGACUAUGGGAAAACACCAUUUAGACCACAGUCCAUUCAUUUUGAUUUAACCAGAUGAUGUAACGCUGAUCAACAGACAGGAGAGAAUGUAAAAGCCACUGUGUGUGUGGCAGUAUGCAUGUGAGGGGGAACGUGUGUGUGCGUGCAUACAUGCUUGUGUGGGUUAUCAAUGCAUCCAUUAUCCAUUGCUUCAAACAUGUAUUACGCACAUCUUUAAGAUUCCUUUGAAGACAAGUCAUGUUUCUUAUGCUUUUACUUUGAAGGGUAUAUAUGUACAUCUGUGUUGUAAAUAAAUACUUUUUGUUCAAAUGACAGAA